CAUAAGUCACGGAAAAGCAAAUCAUGCCAAAAUAAGGAAUUCACAAACAGUUUGGGAAUUAGCAGGGAAUGGUGGCCGGGCCCAGGCAGGCGUGCUAACCUGAGAAAGGGCAGACUUUUGGACAAAGUAGGAGGAUAACAAUGGAAAAGUUGUGUUUGUGAACAGGUUGGGGAAAGUUUUUUGCCCCCUCAAAAAAGUUGUUUCGCUUUUCCUCCAAGCACGGAUGCGAUUUCCUGGAGUCGGCAACAUGUAAGUUUUGGAACAGCAGCUGCACCAGACUUUUUAUUCAUCACUUAAUGAACCUUUGCAGUUUGAUGCUUUGCCAGCAAUCAAGUUUAAAGAGACCGAUUAUCGUUAAUGUCGUUAGCGUGCCGUGGAAAGUGGACCACAGGUCCAAAAGGUGUUUGGAUUUGUAAUACGCGUGGAGUCAAAAGUGUUUGUGAAAUCAAACAAAGAAAGACAUGAACAAUGGCUGAAAGAGAGAAGAAGAAUGCGGCCGUGUAUCGCAGUGUUUCUUUUAAAAAGUUGCACUCCUGGAGCGCCAACAGGAGUGAAGACCAACAACACAAAUCAGAGGAUUUGGAGGCAGCUGGCGUCGCCCUUCCCCCGGAGCCCAGCAAAGCAGAACAAUCCUUGGCGACGCGUAAUGUCAGUGUGUCAAGAAAAGUUUCCAAAAUCACUGCCACCACCACCACUACCGCCACAGCCAGCCUCCCAACCGCAGAUUCAAAGCGAGGCUGCUCCACUCCUCUUUCCUCUAUUUCUCCAUCCAUCCGCCAGCUCACUGAGAAAUUCAACAGCAGCGGCUCCUCUGGGACGCACAGAGCUUCGCCGGGAGACGACGCAGCAGUGACGCGGGGAAGCAGCACUCUUCCCCGGGACAGGAGCUCCAGGAGUGACCUGUCUCCGUCUCGGUUAUCUUUUCACGAGGACAGCGGUGGUGGAUGUGACUCUAUAACGACUAAAGCUUUUCUUACUGAAAACAAAGGGCAAAAGUUUCACUCUGGCACAGAUACUUUGUCAGACUCGGACUCAGAGAAUAAAAGGGAGAAGCGGAUUUUAGCACGUUUUUCAACAGACAGCAGCAGCAGCAACCCUGGUAAGAGAGAUUAUUCAAAGAUAAAUGCUUGUCCCUCACAUCCAAGAAAGACUGUGACUACAGAUGAGGAAGAGGAGCUCACUCUUAGAGAGGUUCCUCCACCCUGUAAAUCUCACAGAAGUUAUUCUACACACCAUAAUGCUUUUAGUCCACUGCACUCUGACAAAUGGCCCAGUGUCACCAAAAUUAGGCAAAUUUUUGAUGAGAGACAAAACCCUUCUAAGCAGCAGAGCAAGACUGACACUUGUGUGAAUUUAAAAGCAGCAGGCAGAGGCUCUCUACAAGAGCUCAGCCCCAGUGAGGGUGCGUCUCUCGCUGAUAAAAGUGACAAACUCUCACCUUGCAGCUCUGCUAAUGAAGCAAGUACCAGUUUAGUGGGAGCUCAAAGCAAAGAAAAAAGGGCAGCUAAAUUUUGGCAAGGUAUGGACUGUUAUUCCAAAAGUGCUUCACAGCUUUUAUCUAAUGAUGAAGAGGCAGAAAUAGAAACACAAGGAUCUAAAAAGGACACUGUUUCUAGCCAAAAUACUUUAAAAAGAAGCAGUCACAGUUGCCACCACCAAAGGAUUAAACCAUCUCCACACAGAUCUCAUAGUCCCAGCACUGAAGCAGAGGCUGCCCAUGAGACCCACAGGACAACAGUGUUGACAUCUGACCCCGGCCCUGACCUUCAUCCUCCUGCUACUUCAUCUUGGAGUCAAUCCCAGAGCUUAGACACCUCCUCCUGCUCCUCCUUUCUCCAGCAGCCGACAGCGAGGGAGAGAAGGGAUAGACAGGGGGUCGGGCUGCCCAGGGAUAGUUUACAUUCCUCACAUAGCUCUUCUAGAGCGCCAGCCCCCACCUCCUCCUCCUCCCCCCUCUCCUCUGCUCCAGCUCAAGAUAAAGCCAUUACCUCCUCCUCUUCUGUAGCUCCCUUCACUGAGCUAGAAGCCCCAACAAGAGUUGUCUCUCCUCUCAGCUCCCGCUGGAGGUUCAGCUCCGGGGACGAAGAGGAAGAGCACACCAGAAGAGGAAGAGUAGGUGGAAGAGGCGGUUGGAGUGGUCCUUCUGGCCUGUCUUCAUCCAUCACCUGUAGACCAGGAGAAAGGGGCACCACAGAGCGAGGAGGCAGCUAUCUAUCCCGCAGUAAAAAUGGCUGGUUGGGUGCAAAGAGCAUUGGUAGAUCUUCAGGUAGUGAAGAGGACAGCCCUGGUUGUUUAGGCCCCCACAGUCGUGAAUCAGUGCGCCGCCGCUCACUGAGAAAGAAGAAGAGGGUCAGUGGCACUCUCACAACAGGCCGUGAUGAUUAUGGCGAUCAUGAUGGCGAAUCAGAAGACAGUGACAGUGACACAGCCUUGACGAUGGAGCACAUAGAACAGCGCCACCAACAGUACACUGCGGGAGAAAUUGCGGGAAAAGUAUCUCGGAGCCACUCUGCAAGACUGCCCAGCAGUCACAGCAAUAGAGCCAGGGUGCAGCAAUGGGAACAUAUGUCGUCAUCGCCAACGUCCAAGACACUUCCUGGUGUAUCACGAGUGUCAAAGGUCAACAUACUCCCAUUUGCUUCCAGUCCAGGUGGAUCACGAUGUAGCAGCCGGUACUCCAGCACUGAGACACUAAAGGAGGAGGACCAGGCUAAUCGUUCACCAAAUGUGUUUGGUACUCCUUCAUCAUCCAUGCUGAGUAAAACAUACCAUGGGAAUUUUACCAUGUAUCGCUCCCCCAGCUUUGGCCAUGGGGAUAACUUUUCCCGUACACCUGUGCGAGUGCGACCUAAGAUUGUGCCAGUCACCCCAUUACCUGGUGUGAUUGCUAGAGAAAGUGGGGUCUCUGAAGGGGUUAGAGAUGGGGAGAACAUUAGGAGGACAACAGGUGGUGAUAUGGUGGAUGAUAAAUUAAAUAACAGAAUAUCCAUGUCCAACCCAGACAUCACCUCAGAAACAAUGUCACUCUUAAAUUUUCUGAAAUCUGACCUAUCAGAACUUAAGGUGCGCAAAACAAAUCAAGGGGUUGUGGAGGGGUCAUCAGUGUACAGGAUGGGGUCAAGGACUCAUGGUGGUACCCUUCAACCUUCUGGGAACCGCCCAUCCCUGAAAGACCUCACUGCUACCCUGCGGCGUGCAAAAUCUUUCACUUAUGCAGACAAACCAGCAGCAUCCAGGAGGGGUUUCUCUACUGGUGGCACCACAAAGAGGAGCUCCUCUGAGCGGCAGCUUGACUGUGAUGGAGAUAGGGAAGGAGGGAGGGGAUCUGUGUCUGAUCGGGAAGUAGAAAGUGAUGGAGGUGAUUUUCGGGUUGGGCGAGGACAAAGGAUGAGAGACUUUGGAUUUGAUGAUGAAGAAGGAAUUAUUCCUCCAUUUCAGGAGAGAUAUGUGCUGGAAGCCAGGCAGGUCAUUCGAGAUAUCUGCCAGAUGAGUUCCAGGGAAGAUGAUGAUGAUGAUGUAAGGAAAGCUGACAGAUAUUUGAAGGAUGAUUUUUUUCAGGGAAAGAAGGCAAAUGAAGAGAAACAGAAAUCAGGAGUUAACGUAAAGGAUGAGGCAAGGACAGAUCAAGGGGCUGAGUUAAGAAACACGAAAGACAGGGAUAAAAAUGAGACGGAGAGAGAGAGGGAGAGGAGCGAGAGGGAUGGACAAAGUAUGCAGUUGGAGAAGCUAAACAGUAGGGGCACAGAGUACCGGGAGAAGGCGACAAGACAGAACAGAGAGAUGGAGAAAGCCUUACCGAAGGGUGAUUCAGAGGAAAGCAUGUUCUAUGACCGUUCUGUGGAUGAACUCUCAGGCCAUGAGUCUAGUUUAACAGAUGAAGGGAUUGUGACAGAGCCAGAAACAGGCCCCACUGACCCCGCUGAGAGGUCCUUCUUGGGGUCAGCAGGAGUUAAUAUGGGGUCACAGGUUGCUAGGGAUGUGCUAGGGCAACCAGUCACCAUAUGGAAGCAGUCAGCUCUCCAUGAGGCAGAAGGGUUUAAACAGGAGAAAGAAGAGAUGGCAGAGAAUGGCACAAAUUGUACAAACCGUCCAAAUGAAGUAAGUGCACCUUCCUGUUUGCCUAUUCCUACCCUACUGGUUGAGAGUGACAGUGACAAUAUGGAGCUCUCAAGUACUGCUGCUUUCAACAAUAUAAACAACACAAGUGAGGAGGUCAACACCAACAGCACGGUGUUGCAGAGGUCAGCAGGCAUCAUAGGAGGACUUGACUCCCCCACAACCCCGAGUGCUAUCCGUCGAAGGCGCAAGUUCUCUCCAUCUGGUAACAACAACACAGGCUCUGAUUCCAGUAAUGGCAGUAAUGCAGAGUCAACUACAGCAGCUGGUGGAAACGGGGAGUCAACUGUUUACCGCUCCCUCAGUGACCCCAUGCCUCAGCGUCGCUGUUCGUUGGCAGAAGAUGGAAACGGCUUUUCCUCUGUAGACAGCAACCUGUUAGGAUCCCUAUCUGUCAAAGGAGGAGGCGUUCCAGAGGCCUCUGUUGUAGCUGCCUUAUCAGAAUAUAAAGGCAGUGUUGCUAGCGACUUGUCUGUUUACAGUGAUGGCGGACUCCGUGAUGAUGGAGUUGGCGACUACAGCGGGGUGAUCAGGAGCAUCGUAGCUGAGCCAGGUGCAAUGGACAGACUCAUGACAGAUGACCAUGGCAAUGGUAAAGCCCCAAAGAAGAAAUCAUUCAGUGACCCGAGUCGCCGAAGCGAUGCCCCCUUACUUUCUCAGAAUGACCCCCAGUUCAAAGGUCAGACUGGUAGCACUCAGCCAAUAAGUGAAUUGGAUCAGCCUGGCCAGAUCCCACCAUCUAUCAGCGAGCCAAUCCUGAGUGAGCAGAGAGAGGAGCUGUGGGAGUCUGAAGUGAAACCUCAACCAGUGCUGCCAACACAGCCACAUCCCCAUAACAGCAGUAACAAAGUCAAAGUUCACUCCCAGUCCGAGUGCCUUCAGUCUGAAAACCUUGAUGAUGAAGAUGAUGAUGUGAUAGACCAGGGGGAAGAAGAGUGUGAGAUACACAAGUUUAACUUUGACCUCAAGCUAGCUGAGGUUCUGUCCCCAAGAAUGGUCCGACGGCCUGUCAGAAAGCGUCCGAACAGGCUGGCUCAGUUUUUCCCUCAUGAGGACCCAUUUGAGCCCCAAGAGAUGGGUUCAGAGGAGCAAGAGGAUCACAGCGACCCAAACGAUCUCACCCCUCCUCUUCCUCCUCUUCAAUCCAAACCCAAAACCAGACCCAAGCAUGUCCGCCAUGCCAGUGAACCCACCACAUUUAUACCCAUCUCCCCACCCCCACAACUUCAAGUACUAAGGAAAGCUGCUGGAUCCACUACAGAGGGUCCAAAGCCUUCGGGACACAAGACCCCAUCAUUGGAGGAUGUGACACAGAAAUAUAUUCUUGAUCUGAACACUGCUGACAGGGACACUGAGGGCCAAGGGCCUCCUCCAGCGGCAAGGGAAGGAGGUGAAGGAUUGGUGUCAGCUUCAGAAGGGACCAGUGAGUCUAGCAGCAGUGGAAUAACAAAAGCUGGACCACAGAAGAAUAGCACGGGGGACUCUGCAUCCACUGCUGCAUCACAGAGGACAAAACCCAGAGUGGAUAUGAGAAAACAUGUGAUGAUGACCCUCUUUGACACAGAGCAGUCAUAUGUGGAGUCACUACGCACUCUCAUACAGGGCUAUAUGCGUCCUCUCAAACAGCCAGAUGGCAGCUCCAUCGUGGACCCUCUGCUGGUGGAUGAGAUGUUUUACCAGAUCCCAGAGAUCCUGGAGCACCAUGAGCAGUUCCUAGAGCAAGUGGCUAACUGCGUCGGCCAAUGGCAUGAUAGACAGACGGUUGGAAACAUUCUCAUCCAAUCAUUCUCCAAAGAGGCUCUAGCUAAUAUGUAUUCAGCGUACAUCGACAACUUUCUUAAUGCCAAAGAUGCUGUGAGGAUUGCCAAGGAGGCCAAGCCAGCCUUUCACAAGUUCCUGGAGCAAAACAUGCGAGAAAACAAGGAGAAACAGGCUCUGGGUGACCUAAUGAUCAAACCAGUCCAGAGGAUUCCUCGAUAUGAGCUGCUGGUUAAGGACCUACUGAAGCACACCUCAGAGGAUCACCCAGAUCACCGGUACCUACUGGACGCCCAGAGGGACAUUAAGCGGCUGGCAGAGAAGAUCAAUAAGGGCCGUCGUUCGGCCGAGGAGGCAGAGAGAGAGGCCAGAGUCAUCCAGGAGAUUGAGGCGCACAUAGAGGGUGUUGAACAUAUCCUCAACCCCCACAGGAAGUUCUUGAGACAGGAAAUGGUCAUGGAGGCGAAAACAGUCGGAGGGAAAAAAGACCGUUCUCUCUUCCUCUUCAGUGAUCUGAUCAUCUGCACCACUUUGAAGAGGAAGUCUGGCUCGUUAAGACGCAGCUCUAUGAGCCUAUAUUCCGCUGCAAGCGUGAUAGACACAUCCAGUAAAUACAAGUUCCUGUGGAAGCUUCCUCUGGAGGAUGUGGAGGUGGUGAAAAGCUCCACUCAGGCAACCAACAAGGAGAGCAUCCAGAAGACAAUCAGUCGACUGGAUGAGGAUCUGAGCACUUUAUGUCAGAUCAGCAAACUGUCUGAGACCCUCAGCUUCCCACACCAGUCCCUGGAUGAGGUGAUCAAGGAUCUGAUGGCAUCGGUCCACAGGGAGCUGUCAGAGAAACAGUCUCUGGCCUUCAGCAUGACCUGCCUGCCCACGAAGCUCGAGUUUACCACGGCCUCCGCUGAGAGCAGCUUUGUUUUUGAGUUCACCUCACCAGACACAAGAUCCCACUUUGAACAGGCAUUUGAAGAAGCAAAGAAGAAGCUAGCGAUGAAUAAAGAUCAGUGGGAUCCAGAGUUUCUGAAGGCCAUUCCUAUCAUGAAAACACGCAGCGGGAUGCAGUUUUCUUGUGCAUCUCCCAGUCACAGCUGUCCUGACAGUGGGUGUGAAGUGUGGGUGUGUAACAGCGACGGAUAUGUGGGACAGGUGUGUCUGUUGAACAUCAAAGAUGAGCCCACAGUAGAGGCAUGUAUCGCUGUCUGCUCAGCCAGGAUCAUAUGUAUUGCUGCUGUACCAGGACUAAAGGGAAGGGAGCGAGGAUCAGAGCCCACUAUUGUUCCUGCCUCCACGGCACCUGAUCACACCCCGCAGCAGCAGCUCCACAUAUCAAUCUCUCAUUCCUCUCUGGAGCUAGCAGAGCAACCUGCAGUACCAGGGGCGGAGCUUGUUCCUUUUGACAGUGAUGACACUGAUGAUGAGGACUCACCCAGCCCCUCCUCCACCCUGCAGAGUCAGGCCAGCCACUCCACCAUCUCAUCCAGCUAUGGCAAUGAUGAGGGCCCAAGCUCCAAGGAUAUGGUUACAGAGACCACCAGUAGUGAAGAGGAGCAGGAGUUCCCUGUGGCCAGCUCCUAUGGCACACCAGGGAUGUUGGGGGUUGGAGGAGGAGGUCGCCCGCAUGCUGAGAGCCCCAUGGAUGGCCGGGCCAUGCGCCGCUCCUCCAGAGGCUCAUUCACCAGGGCGAGCUUGGAAGACCUGCUUAGUAUAGAUCCUGAGGCAUAUCAGAGCUCAGUGUGGCUGGGAACUGAGGAUGGAUGCAUCCAUGUGUACCAGUCCUCAGACAACAUCAGGAACCGUAAAAACAGCAUGAAGAUGCAACACUCAGCCUCCAUCCUCUGUAUACUGUACCUGGACAACAAAGUGUUUGUAUCCUUGGCCAAUGGGGAGGUGAUUGUCUAUCAGAGAGAAGCAGGUAGUUUCUGGGACCCUCAGUCCUCGCAGACACUAGUUCUGGGCACACCCAGCAGCCCUGUCACCAAAAUGGUUCCUGUGGGAGGAAAACUGUGGUGUGGCUCACAGAAUAAAGUCCUUAUUAUCAACACGACAACACUGGUUCAAGAGUACUCGUUCCAGGUGGGCACAGACAGCAGUCGCUGCGUGACCUGCUUGGUGGCGUAUGGUCAGGGUGUGUGGCUGGCUUUGCAGGGAAGUGCGCAGGUCAAACUGUACCAUGCUCAGACUUUGGAGAGUUUGACAGAGGUGGACGUAGCGCCUGCUGUGCAUAAGAUGCUUGCAGGUGCUGAUGCGAUUAUCAGACAGCACAAGGCCGCCUGUCUGAGAAUCACAGCACUGCUGGCCUGUAAGGAUAUGCUUUGGAUCGGCACCAGUGCAGGGGUUGUUCUUACGCUGGCGAUCCCAGCAGUGAGCUCAGGUACUGGAGCUGGGACACUGAAAACUCCCUUGUUGCCUAUGGGCUCAGCCCAUGGACACACGGGCCACGUCCGCUUCCUGACAUCAAUUGAACUACCAGAAGGGUUUGACAUGAACCUCCCCUCUACUGCUGUUGACUCCACAGGGAACCAAUCACAGAGCAGCUCCACAGUUGAUGGUAACCUUGAAAGGCGUGACUCCACUCGUCGGCGAACAUCAGCACACAUCCCUCCAAAAACCAACCAUCUAGUAAUCUCCGGUGGUGAUGGCUAUGAGGACUUUAGACUUACUAGCAGCAGCGAAACAGUGGGAAGAGACGACAGCACCAACCAUCUUUUACUUUGGCGGGUGUGAGGCUAUUGACCCUGCACUUUGACCAACCUGCCCAGGGACUCUUCACUUUUUGGUGUUGUUCUUUUGGUCUUCUGCUCAGUCCAGCAGUCUCUAUGUGCAAAAAUAUGGCUGUCAGCUCCUUCCUGGACUUAAUCAGCUAUAUUUUUCUUGUGUUUUUGAUGCAGAUGAUGUGCAUUUUUUCCUCACAGAGUGGUGUCUGUGCAUGUCUAUUUCUGCUUGUGUGGUCUGGAGUGUCUUUGUUCUCAAGUCUUGCUGAAGGAAAAGUCUGAAGGGAAACUUGAACAAAUGCAUGUGCUCAGACUGAGAACAUGUGAAGAAAGAGAUAGAAGAGGAAUCAGACUCUGCAGAAUGUCCAUGCAAGGGAGAUGAACUUGGACAACCUUUAAUUCCAUCACCACUUUAGCAAAGCCUGCAGACAUAAUGCCUCUUGAUGCUCAGAGGUUGAAGUCAUGAACAAACAUACUGUAAGAGCACGUCUGAAUGGAAACAAAGAUUAUUGUACCAUUACAGCCUGCAGUGUGAUGGAUAAUCUGAAUUUCUAAAGGCAGACUUCAAUCUUUGCUGAAAAUUUCAGUUGGUAUCUGUUUUUUUUUUGUUUGUUUGUUUUGUUUCAUCCUUAACAGCAGAUCUGAGAUCAGAUCUUCCUGCUUGGGUUAAAAUAAUAUCUAUUAAUGUGACACUGCUACAAUCAUCUUCACUCCUGUAGAUGGAGAGUUAAUAAGAGCCUCAUUUAAGUGCAAUAUGUUGCAGGGGUUAUCUAACAGGACUAUUAAAAUACACACUAAUGCACAGCAUUCACUCAUUGAACCUAAAGACUUUAUUUUUACACAGAUAAUCACAUUGUAUCUGACUUUAUUAUUUAAUUUUUGCUGCCAGUGAAAGAUGAACAGAGAUGAUGCCCACCACUGGAGUUGAGUAGAAAAAAUAACACAUUGGAGACAUUCCUCCUUAACAUGACUAUGCCAAAGCUUUGUUUGUGUUGAAGAAAUUUGAAAAGCUUCUUUUGCCAUGAAUUUUGUUUUGUCAAGUGGAAAUCAGGAGAGGACUUCAGACUCUUUAAAAAUGAGUCCAGGAUGUGUGGUAGCAGACUCUUGUGUGUACAGUAUUUAUGGUUUUUGAUUUUUAGCGCCUUCUUUUACAGCACUUAAUUUAUAGAAGAUGUAGCUCUCACUUCUUUUUUGUUUUUGAGCUGAAGAACAGGGACGCCCUGGCGGGAUUAAUUGAAGAGAUAAAUGGGCAUAUUUGGACAGAGAGACGUACACAAAGGGUUGUACAGUUCAGUCCAGUCAUGGCGUGGCAUAAAACAAACAUUUUGACAUAGGGAUAUAUGACUCAAUAAAUGUAUUCCUCUAUUGGCUGUUUGUGGCCAAAAUAACCAGACUGUGAACCGAUCCACAUUCUAAAUUUGAUAUUUCAGUUUGAUAUUUAUGUUAAAGAGAGACAGAAAACACGGUUACUUUUUCAGGCCUGAGUGUCAACAUUUUUCAGCUCAUUGCACAGAGUGGCAAUUUAGUUUUGAGGACAUAUUGCCCUAUCAUGAUUGUACAAACCCACACAGACACUGAUUUCAGUAUUGACUAUGGAGUUUAAGAUGCUAGUUGUUUGUAUGUGCAGCCAUAGAGUGUAGAAGAUACAGAGUAGGUCAGAAGGACAAAUGCCAAACGCCUGCACGUGCCUUCAGAGGGCUUAGAGUAAACCAAUUAAAUGGACACAUACACACCCGUACACACAAUGAAAAGUCAGCUCUCGCUCGCUCUGCAGCAGAUGUCUGGGGAAGUAAAAGGGUGACUCUGAUUUGCCCUUGCACACACACUUUAGCCUCAGGCUUUGGGGGUUAAGCAGUGAUUGUCUUUGAUCCCCUCAAGCUUAGAAAACCAUCUUGCACUUUGCCAGCCAUCUGGGCCCUUCAACUCAGAUUUCCCACUUUACAAACACAUCCUCAUCAGGUUAACUCUCCCACUGUCAGAGCAGCUAACAGUUAAGAAGCUUUGCUAGUUGCUGACUAGCCUGUGAGAUCUUUGCCUUGUAUGUAUGUGUGCAUCCUCCAAAGGGACCUGUUCGCAUGUUUGAACUACAGCAGAAGAAAGUUUCAAGAUUUUAUGAUGUUUUCUGGGACUUGCAAAACAUUUUGGGAAAUGCACUUUUUCAGCAUUUAGUAAAGAUUUAAGUGAAAAGAUUGAACUCCACAUGCUAUAGCUGAGCAGGAAACGGCUAGCCUGGUUUUGACCAAACUUAAAGUCAUUGUUUGAAUGCUCUAAAAAUGACAGAAGACCAUUUCAGUCAGGUACACUUUCAUGAUUUACAGUUAUAUUUUUUCUCUUUAUUAGCAGGAAAGCCUGAGGCAGGGAGAGAAGCAGCAAUAAACCCAGAGCAGAGCAGAAAUCAGUGACAAAAGAAUGACAUUGAUUAAAUCAGAUAUAGUAUAGAGGAGGAGCUGGGGUGGAGGAGGGUUGCAAAAAGCAGCUUGCAGAGGGUCAGUAAAGCAUAGCCAGAGAAGAGCAGUUUAAAUAAGGUAUCAUGAGUACAAUUAGCCAAAAGCAGGCUUAGAGCAAAUCAGUUGUCUGUCAGUUGAUGAGGGUCUGUGUGAGAUCAGCUGAUCUCAAUCGAAGGGCUUAACUCUGUGGCCUGCCUGAACUGAAACUAUACACUCACCCAUUCCAAUUCUGAGUCUUAAUGAAAUGUGCAGCUAUCUGAUCACUGCCAUUUCAAGUCUUAAUGGUGAGCUAAGCUAUCCUGCUGUUGAUUGUGAUAAAAUUGGCCAAAAGAGAGACUUUUAUCUCACUAACAGCUAAAGAGUGAAUACCAAAAUGUUCAGCUUUCCCCGUAUCAAGUAGCAAAUACUUUUCACUUUGUUUUCUUUGAGUCAUAUCAUAGUUAUUAUUCAUGUUUUCAGUGCCAAAGUUGCCAUAAAGAAAGAAAAGGCUUUGUAUCAACGCUGGCUUGGUGGAUUACUCUCUGUGGUAUGAAGCUAGUAUAUUGCUACCAAACAGAAAAAUUCAACAUGAUAUUCUGGUGCAUGGGGUUUUGGAACAACUUAUUUUAAACUGUGACUUGAGAAACAAAGGAAAUAUCUCUUUGUUGAAUCCCCAACUACAUAUCUUAAAGUGUGUUUUCUUUUAAUCUCUGUAUUCUCUGGUUAAAAUAUUAUCACAUUGAAACUCACCAGAUUUGUUUGACAGCUGAUGAGGAUUUUCCCAAACUACUAAUGUACUUUAAAAGAUUUCAUAUGAGAUUGAUAUUUUCCUCAAAAAUCUAAAAGUCUAUUUUCCUUAAUCUAUUUUCCUUGGCAGUCUAAUAAUUAUUAACUGAAUAAUCAUAUGCCAGCAUUUGCAUUCAAGGUUGGGAACCCAGUGAACCGCUAACAAACGCACACAUGCAAGCAAGCCUAAAAUAUGAAGUAAAACUUAACGCUUUUUUCACCUGUAACAAGAAGAAUUAAUUAUUUUGUGUAAAAUUUUAAAAAAGGAAAAUUUACUCUUCACUAUCAUAGAAGCCUGUCAUCACUGUAACACUCACCAAGUGUAAGUAUGCCUCAUGCCCGUAUGUGAAAGAAGUCUUUAUUGUUGUAGAUAUUGGUAUAUUGCCUUUUUCUGUAAAUAGUGCACCCAUGGGCCUCAAUUGUUGAUAUGAAUCUAAUGGCAUAUUUUUAUAUAUUUGUGUAAGGUUUUUGUUUUAUUUUUUUGUUUGUAUUUUUGCCCACUUUUCCUCUCUGGCAUGCACGGUCAGCAAUGUUUAACUGUUUAGGUCCUAAAAAGCAAGAUUGCCUCUGUUGUCACCAAGGCUAGCUGUUUUAACUCCAAGCCGUUAGUUUUCCUUGUUACGAAUGUCUACAGGAGAGGAAGCAUCACAGGUUUCCGCUGACCACCUGGUCAUCAUCUUGCAGUUGUCAUGGUUACAGUCUGUCCGAAUGACGUCCUGUAUGUAGGUGUUAUUGUUUUGUCACUGUGGGUUCUUCUUUGUAAUUAAAUCAGAUCACUGGU